AUGGCGACCGCUGCCCCUCCCGUCCGCUUGUACUUAGCGCUGUGUUGGCUGCUCCGGUCCGCCAGCACGGUGUUCCCAGAGGAGCCGGGGCCCCUCAACUUCGUCCCGUCUGAAGUGGUCCGGAGGUACCCUGUGUUUCUGGGACGUCCCCACAGGACCUGGCUGAGACAGGAGCCUCUGCACAUCCAGAGAGUUCUGCAGAUCAACCGCACACUCUACAUCGGGGCCAGAGACGACCUUUUCCGAGUGGAGUUGGACAUCGUUGCUGGAGAUGAGAUGUUCUACAGUAAGAAAAGAACAUGGGAGUCAAACAAGAACGACAUCCGAAUUUGCAGAAUGAAGGGCAAACAUGAGGAUGAGUGCCGUAACUUCAUGAAGGUGCUGCUGAGCCGGAGAGGCGGCCUGUUCGUGUGUGGGACCAACGCCUUCAACCCGCUGUGCGCCAACUACACUGGCGACACUUUGGAGAUGGUGGGUGACCCGGUGAGUGGGAUGGCCCGCUGUCCCUACGACCCCAAACACGCCAACGUAGCUCUGUUUGCAGAAGGAAACCUGUUCACCGCCACCGUCACAGACUUCCUGGCCAUCGACGCGGUCAUCUACCGCAGCCUCGGGGACAGUCCGGCUCUGCGCACUGUGAAACAUGACUCUAAGUGGUUCCGAGAGCCAUAUUUCGUCAGUGCUGUGGAGUGGGGCCCUCACAUCUAUUUCUUCUUCAGAGAGAUUGCCAUGGAGUUCAAUUACCUGGAGAAGGUGGUUGUGUCUCGUGUGGCCAGAGUGUGUAAGCGCGACCUGGGGGGCUCUCAGCGAGUCCUGGAAAAGCAGUGGACGUCGUUCCUCAAAGCACGUCUGAACUGCUCUGUCCCCGGAGACUCGCACUUCUACUUCAACCUGCUGCACUCCACCAGCCCGGUCAUACGCAUGCACGGGCGUGACAUAAUCCUGGGGGUCUUCUCCACUCCCCCAAACAGCAUCCCGGGAUCGGCCGUGUGUGCCUUCGACAUGGAGCAGCUGGCACAAGUGUUCGAGGGACGCUUCAAAGAGCAGAAGUCGCCCGAGUCCAUAUGGACACCUGUUCCAGACGAGCUGAUCCCGAAGCCCAGGCCCGGAGGAUGUGCAGUCCAGGGGUCAAGGUUCAAUUCAUCCAAUUCCUUUCCUGAUGAGAUGCUUAACUUUGUCAAGACACACCCGCUGAUGAAUGAGGCCGUGCCGUCGCUGGGACAGAGGCCUUGGAUCGUACGCACCAUGGUCAGACUUGAUGAAUGA